AUGAGUAAUUCCACUCCUCAGAUGAAUCAAAAUGAUGCUCCUACUGCGUCGGCCUCGUCUUCAUCAACGGGAGCUGCAACACCACCGGCAAGUGACAGCCCAGAAGACCCUUUGAUCAUGUAUGUCGUCAUACGGCAAGACUUGGACUGGCCAAGAGGAGCCAUCGUUUCACAAGGGAGUCAUGCUUGCUGCGCCGCUAUAGCAGAAGGGUUAAGAGCCAACGAUGAGCAUACACAGAACUACCUAAGACCAGAAAAUCUGCCACACUUGAGGAAAUGCGUUUUGGGGGCUGCCGAUUUAAAGGCUUUGGAGAAAUUAGGAACGAAAUUGACUUCAGCACCACCGUCGACAUGUCCCUUCUACAUGUGGCUGGAACAACCUGAGAAUAUUGCAACAGCAUUAGCUUCAUGGCCAAGACCAAAAAGUCAAAUACAAAAACUCUUUAAAGGAUUCAAAUUGUUCGCAUGAAGAACAAAUUAUAACGAUUUUAUCUCUUUUUCUAACUAGUAGUAGUACUCACACGACUCUCUCUACUACCUCGCCCAGGAUUCUCCUCGUCCUUGAAGACCAAAAAUGGACGUGCUAAAUAAAUAGUUCCGAGGGCGCUAUGAUUGUUGUUUACCCAACGUAU